AUGCCUGUAGACUUGACGUUUGAUGCAUCAGAUUAUGGUGGUAGGGAUGAUCUGGAACGACUGCUCACUUUUGUUUCUAAGACCUUGAAUGCCAUGCAGCACAGCUACAGUCAGAUGGAGAAGGAGGCACUGUAUACCAUCUUCGGAAUUAAAAAGUUUCAUGACUACUUCUACAGCCAUCUGCUCACACUUCUCACCAACCACAAGCUGCUGCUUCCACUGCUCAAGUCGACUGCUCCAGUCCCCGCCAAGAAGGUGUGCUGCUUGCAAUGCAGUGCUCUCUUCCUCUCCAGCAACACAUACUCCUAUGAGAUCCAGUUCCCCUCCGCAGCACAUUGUGCUAAUGCCAACCUUCUUUCCAGGUUACCCAUAGGACAAGACCUGCCCCUUGAUGAGGACCUGGAGGUCUGCUUCCAUAUGGAUACAGAGGCAGUCGCCUUGCCUUCCCUGAAUAUGGAAUACAUCUGA